CGGUACUGUAGGCGAUAGUAGGCGGAGUGUUCGACAUACGGCCGUUGUUCGUAGCUAGCGAAAGAUCGCGCCGUUCCACUGUACUACUGACGGACCUCUAGCCAUGCCGGAGGGCAACAGUCGGUGGCGCCCCUCGAAGGUGGCCAAGUACGGUGUCGUCAUAUACAUCUACCAUGCACGCAAGUCCUACCCAUACCUCAACCUCCACUUUGGCGACGUCGUUCAGAUAUUGGAGGAGAACGCUGGAUGGUAUCGGGGCUUCUCCCUACGCGACAAGCACAGCAAGGGGAUUUUCCCUGCCUCACACGUCCACCUCAAAGACUGCGAAGUCAAGAACCCAGGACCGGAUGAGGUGGUGGUGCCAAAGGACGACCCCAUGGUCCAGGAACUAUCCGACGUCCUCCGAGAGUGGACCCUCAUCUGGAAGAGGCUCUAUGCAGAGGGAAAAAGACAGCAGUUCCAGGAGCUGACGCAGUUAAUGAGAGAUCUUCUCGAUCGCAGACGACAGAUCCUAUCAAAGACACUGCCACGCGAUGAGCUGAAAGAGCUGAAGCAGCUGGUGGGGUCCAAGAUCGACCAUGGUAACCGGAUGCUGGGAAUGGACCUGGUCCCUCGCGACGAGAAUGGAUCUCCCAUUGACCCCAAGACUGCUGGGGUCAUGCACCUCUACAGGGCGGUGAAGCAAGGGGCGGAGCAGCAAUCGACAGAAGCCAACCCAAGGGUCAGUGCGUUCCUGACACCCCAACAGCUGCCUGUCAUCAGGAAAGACGAGACCCACCUCUUUCUCAAGUUCUCUGCCCUGGCCCUCCCCGUCAAUGAACCCUGUGAACUCUUCUUCUUCAUCUACGACGCCAAGGCUCAGAAAGUCCUCAGUGAGCGGUAUAUGAUAGCCCUCUCCCAGCACUGUCUGCCUCGAGACCCCGAGAAGAUAAACCAGUGUUUUGCCAUAUUCACCGACCUGGACUCUGGCGACCUCAACAACAAGGACCUGUACCUGGCCUGCCACAUCGUUCGCAUUGGACACGAUCUCGAGACGAAGAAGACGGCCAUGCCGCUGAGGAAGCCCCACGGAGCUGCUGUCUAUCCUCUCCACAAACUCCUCACUACCAAACAGCACGACGAGAGAGACGUGCAGAUGGAGGUCUUUGUUUGUCCGCCAUCAGAGUACCACAAACUACUGGACUCCAUCAUCCGGAGACAGGGAGUGUUCCACCCGACAGACAAGGGUACGGGGGUGUUCAUCUCCCUGCGACCUCUCUGGGGCAACAUCGGGAAGGUCAAGGAGGAGAACACUCUGCUCUUCAGGAAAUUCACCGCCGAAUGCCAGAAACUGGGCUUUCCGGAGAUAAUCCGUCCAUAUGAUGUCCGACACGACGUCUACCUCACGCUGCAGCACGGUCUCUUCAACAAGGGCACCAAGAGAGCAGACAAGAACGUGGAGGUCGACGCGGAAGUACUGGACACCAAGGAGAACCCCAUACCGCACUGCAUAUGUCCAGGCAUUGGAGAGGCUUCCAUUACGUCGUUCCAUUCCCUGGUCCAAUACCACAAUGCCACACCCACUUUCAACGAGACCAUCAAGCUGAUGAUAAAUCCAGACCUGAUGCAUAUUGCCAGAGUCAAAUUUGCUUUCUACCAUCGUUCUACCAUAUCGAGUCGACUGGGGAAGACGGAGCCAUUCGCAGUCUCCCACCUGAAGCUGAUGAAGGAGGAUGGCACCACCAUUGAAGACAACAUCCACGAGCUGUUUGUGUUCAAGUUCCGUGAGACGUCGCGUGGUGCCUACAAGUACACCACACUGCCCUGUGUCAACGACCCCACCAGACCUCACCUCUUCUCCCCCGACCUCCUCGUUCCCAAAGACAACUUCUUCGUCAAGACUCAAGUCUGCUCUACUAAACUGACCCAGAAUGCUGACCUCCAUUGUCUCCUCAACUGGAGGAAGAUGCCGGCCAACGACCUGCCCAGAGUGGUGGAGAACGUUACAAAGGUCCCCGGAGAUGAAAUUGUCAAGUUUCUGGCUGACACAUUCAACGCCCUGUUUGCUAUAAUGGAGGAGAAAGGGGACGUGUUUGGCAGCCAUGUGUUUGAGGCCCUGGUCCUCACCAUCGGUCUCCUGGGAGUCGAAAAGUACGAGAACUUCAGACCUGUUCUGGACACCUACUGUGACACUCUGUUCAAGGCUGCCAACGUCCACACGUUGCUGGUGGCGAAGAUGAAACAUGUGUUUGAGCAGGUAAUGUUGGUGGACGGGACAAGAACCAUGAAACAAGCCACCAUUCUCAAGACUUUCAAGGCUGCAGAGUUUCUCAUAAAGUUCAUCAUGAAAUCUCGCUCCAUAUACGACGAAGCAACGCAGGGUAAGGGAGCGGCGCAGUUUCUGCACGACCUCGAGGACCUCCUCCACACAACGUGUCUCCUAAUGAAAGUCGAAUGUCCAGAGAAUGAACUCAUCGCCCCGCGGGCACAGGCCCAGGCUCUCCAGUUCUUCCCUCAGACCUUUGACCUCUUCCUGUUGGUCAUGAGUGUCGAGACCCUCGGCUCCAUCGUCUCCCAGUUCCUCAGCAACCUGAAGGAAACCAAGCUGAAGAUCUAUAAGUCCGUGUUCAUGUCGUCGGUCAUCUCCAGCGAGCUGUUCAGACACAAAGAGUCUCGUGUGAUGAUAGUUCCGGCCAUACUGCGGCACCUCUGCCACCACAUCAACAACAGAGACGACAAUCUCGACAAGAGCCUCGAUGCCCUUGGCUCCAUACUUCUCAUGCUCCACAAACAAGACUCUGUGACUGUGGACACGGAAGUAUGCAUGCUCACCACUGACAUGCUCCAUGUGCUGUUCAAGUGUUUCAUGGAGCUGACUGCUGGGGCCAAGAAGGAGAAGGUGUCACUAGUGGGUCACUGUGUAGCCAACAUGCUUGCUCUCUUGGAACUGAUGUCUCCAAGACACUACCAGGUCCUUCGGGCCUCCUUCAAGACAGCCUCUGACCUAGAGGUGUGUCUCUUCCUCUCCCUCCUUCUCCCUCUCUAACAUUCCCACCCUCCACCACAGGAGUUCAUUCUCCACACGUUCACUGCAUUCUGUGAGCUAGUGGCUCUGGACCUCUAUAACAAUGACUGGACCAUCCUCAAACUGCAGGGAAACUAUGUGGUCUUGAGAGCCACCACGCAGCUGUCGCAGAUCCUGGUGGAGGAUUUCCUUGGAACGAGACAGAACUCUGACCCUUCUUUCUUCAACCCUUCAUUGUGGCAGAACUUCUUCUCGUUGGCGGUGGCCUUCACAGUUCAGAAGUCGUUGCAGCUGGAGCCACUGGGAGAGGUCAAGAGAAACCGGAUCCUCGACAGCUAUGGUGACAUGAGGAUAGCAAUGAACACGACUAAUGAUUGCCAAGUGGAGAGUUCUCGGCCAUUUCCAGGCUCGCUACGUCCCUGCAAUGAUUGGUCCCUUCCUGGAAGUCAGCCUCAUACCUCACUACAGCAAUCAGAAGAGCCACAAUUCCCAUCUUCUACGACAUGAUGGAACUGGAGUACAAACAUCGCCGCAACUUUCACCUGAUGGAGACGGAGAUGAUUGACAAACUGGAUGUGUUCAUCAGCGGAGGCAUGGGAGAUUCUAACUAUCGCCAGCUCCUCAAUGUCAUGUUGACGGAGCGAUGUCGUGCCAACCCAAAGAUGGAGGUGGACGGGGGACGGCAGUUCAUCGAGAGUCUGGUGGAGUUGCUACGGAGACUGCUGGACUUCCGGACGGUGCAGCAGGGAGACGAGUACCGCGACCUCCACAUGCACGUCAUGUUCAGUCUCCUCAACUUCUACAAGGAGAUGGGCCGUGAGGAGAUCUACAUCAGAUACAUCUACCACCUGGCUGAGCUGCACAAGGCCAGCCAUAACUGGGUGGAGGCAGCCAACACUCUCCUACUCCACGCUGAGCUGCUACAGUGGAGCAGCACCAUGCAGAAACAGGAGGGGGCUUUCCCCCGCCAGAGCAGCGCCGAGCGCAAGGAGGCACUCUACGACGAGAUUAUCACCCUCUUCGACAAGGGAAAGAUGUGGGAGUGUGGAAUUCAGCAGUGCAAGGCCAUAGCGUCGCAACUGGAGACCGUCACUUACAACUUUGAGAAACUCAGUGAAAUACAUAAAACCAUUGCUCGUUUCUACCACUCCAUCAUCCACGAGCUGCGGGCAGAGCCCGAGUAUUUCAGAGUUGGAUUCUUUGGAGGAUUCCCCCAGUUUCUGAAGAACAAGGUGUUCAUCUUCAGAGGUCAGGAGUUUGAGAAGCUGGCAGAGUUCAAUGGCCGAAUGGUCACCAUCUUCCCCAACGCUCGGUUCAUGAAGACACUGGAGACGCCCGGUCUAGACAUCCUGGAGUCACGAGAACAGUACAUCCAGUCGUCAUCAGUGGAACCCAUCCCCGAGCCAGAGCUGAUGGCCAGGUUUGAAGGGAAGAACGUCCAGGAGCAGGUCGUCCGGUUCUUCAGAAUCAACAACGUGCGGCGGUUCAUGCUCAAGAGACCGUUCCAUCGGGGACAGAAGGACAAGACCAACGAGUACAAGUCGCUGCAUGUGGACCGGAUCGUCUACUCCACGACGCACCGUUUCCCAAACAUCCUCCGGUGGUUUGAGGUCAAGUCUACCGACACGACCACGCUGAACCCGGUGCAGAACGGAAUAGAGAUGGUGAUGGACAACGUGGAGCAGCUGAAGACGGUCAUACAGCGUAUCCGUAACGAUUCCACCCACAGCACGAACCCCCUCACCAUGAAACUGAACGGCUCUCUGGAUGCAGCUGUCAAUGGAGGAGUCAGCAUGUUCGAGGUAUUCUUCACUCAGCCGUUUCAGGACACGAAUCCCGAGUGCAAACCGCACAUACCCAGACUGAGGAUGCUCAUGGAAGAACUGAGCAAGGUGCUGACAGAAGGGGUUGCCCUCCACUCCCAAGUGAGGCCUGACAGUAUGAGAGGUCUGCACGAGAGACUGGAGGAACAGCUGCAGAAGUACACCGCUCGCUACAACACAUUCUCCAACGGCGACUACGAGAGGUACGAGGCUGGGCCGUAUCGACCACACCCCGAGACUCCGCCCACCAGACGACCGUCCAGCUCCACCUCUGCCCAGAGACGGGGGUCUCAGAAGAGGGUUGUCAGUGGAGGGAGUGAUAGAUCGUUCACAGUAUCAUCCCGUCCGUCAUCCAUCCACUACGAGGGAGUGAUAGGAGGAGAGAAGAGAGACAGAGCCAGCACAGAGAUGCGAUACGAUCCUACUCCUCUUGAUCCAGGGAAUAGGGAGAGGGACUACGACGCAGUGCCUCCUGUGCCAGUCAAGAAGAAGUCAACUGCUCACAUGCACUCUCCUGUCAGCCAGAGAGCCAAUGGGACUCCGCCCUCCAUUCCUCCCCAUCGCACCGUGUCAGUAGUUCAAGGAGACGCCACUCCUCCCCCUCCUCCUGUGAGAAGGAACAUGACGUCCGCUGCGAUGAACCCUCUCCCGCCAGCCCGGCCCACCUCCUCCAGUCCCCCUCCCUUCAUUCCUCCUCGUUCCCACUCCGUGAGACAGAACUCCAGACUCUCCGGCUCCUCCUUCGACUCCGCCAGUCUGGAGCUCCCUGAACACUCUCCUUCCUCCACCCCUCAGGACGGUGGUACUCCAGUUACAGCUCACCGUGAGCGAGUGACAGGAGAGGGAGGAGGGGAGCAGGGGGAAAGGGGAGAGGUCGCCCCUGCCGUUCCGGCCAAACGAGGCUCCACGGCGUCCUCUGUGAUGAGUGGUGGAGAGGAGUCUGUGGAGGUUCCCCCUCCUCCUCCUCCCAAAACUGCCAACAGGGCCAGUGGAGGAACACUUGGAGAUGGGAAAAAGACAGAAACUCCGCCUACAGAGAACUCUGUUCUAUAGCCAUAUUACCAUGGCAACACCACGCCCUACAAUGACCUGUCGUUAAUCAUUGUAAUUGUUCUGUUAGUGUGUGCCAGGGACGCUUUAGCUCGUGUUCUAUACUAGGCUAUAUAGUGCACUUCAAGUAAGUGGCUGUGAUAAAUUAUUAUAACGCACACAUUUCCACAGAGUUUGCUGUGCUGUAAUGAACUUACUGGUGUUUAUAACAUUUUUAUGCCACUCUUACGCAAUAUAUUUCACUGGUAUUUCACCCUGCCGUUCCAUAGUUUGACCAACACUUUUUGAAAAGACUAUAAUGAUGCACAUAUGGUACAUAUUAUUUCUGUUACGAAACAUAUUAUACCGUCCACUGGCUAGGACAAUCCGGUGCAGCAAAUGAAAUGCUAUAACAACAGAACACAGAUAACACGAGAUAUGAACACAACGACAGAAGGACAGACAGACGGAGAUCUGAUCAGAAUAAUAUGUACUAUAUACACUAUAGUGUGGGUAAAAAAUGAUGAAGAAAAAUAGAACACUCUUUCAUACGUACAUUACAAGACACAGACGGUGGGACACACGUGACUAUGGAUACAAUAUACUGCUGCAUACAAAAGAGCCGGCCGGCCCGCGGGAAGCAGGCCGACUGAAGCGGGUGGUUUCUGUGAAGCAAUGUUCUGGCAAAGGGACAUGUUGAAGGGGAGCUGACGACACUGACGACACUGACGACACUAACACACACACAGAGAGACGAUACUAUAGACUACAGUGGGCUACAGCAAAUACUAAGACAACAAGAGGUCACAGACAUCAAUGGCGGCUACGUAGCAGGGAGAAGGGGUGCACUAAAUAGGGUAUAUGUUACAGGGUGUGAACAGCAGGUGCGCAUGACUGCCCCGCCCCCUCCUUCCCCCGCCAUUUCAGCCAUCAUACGGCAAUCUGGAUCUUGUGAGCGGUUGCCGUGCAACCUCCGUCGCUGCCGGAUGUGGUGGAGCUCGUUUCGUCGUCAGAAUCAUGGGUAGUCACGUCGAUGACAACAUUAUCAUCGUCGUCAUGGCCAUCGAGGUCGUCGAUAAGGGACAGUGACCUCUGACCUUUGAUCUUUGAGGAGUUGUGUCCGAGGGAGGAGGUGGAGUCGAGGGACUCGUCAUUGGAGUAGGUGGGGGAA